CACACCCCGUCCACUCUCAGCCCUUUCUUCCGCGGCGACGACAUCAACGAUGAGCACAAAAACAAAGCGCGAGCCACGUCCGCUUAGCACCGCGGAAGGCUUCAUCCUCGGUGGCAUCGCUGCAAGUGUCGCGGUGACGCUCUCUAACAUCCCAGAUGUGGCCAAGACACGCAUGCAGCUACAGGGCGAGCUGGCAAAGGACGGUGGUGUACGGGUGUACAAGAACGUGUUUGACGUGUUGGUGAAGACAUGGAGGAAUGAGGGCAUAAGAGGCAUGCAGAGAGGUCUUGGGCCAGCUUAUGUGUACCAAAUUCUGCUGAAUGGCUCGAGGCUCGGUUUCUACGAGCCGUUUAGACGUACUCUCAAUCAGAUGGUGGGCCUGAAACCCUCAGACCAAAUGCCCUUGACUUCCGUGAUAGCAGGAGCCGGUAGCGGAGCUAUUGGCGCUGUCCUCGGGAACCCUCUAUUCCUGAUCAAGGCUCGUAUGCAGGCAUACUCCCCUGCUCUUCCAGUAGGACACCAGCAUUUCUACAAGCACUCGUGGGACGCACUGUCGACCAUCUACCGCGCAGAAGGUCUGCGGGGUCUUGUGCGCGGCGUAGAUGCUGCGGUCCUCAGGACGGCCAUGGGUUCCUCAGUGCAAUUACCGACGUACAAUUGGACGAAGAAUCAGCUGACCCAGCGCGGCAUCCUGCCUGCGGAUAGCAUAUGGACCUUCCUGGCUAGCAGCUCGGUAUCUGGGAUGUGUGUGCUUGCGGUGAUGCAACCGGCUGACACAGCCCUGACACGGAUGUACAAUCAGCCGACGAAAGUCAUGCCCGACGGCAGACACGUCGGUCUGUUGUAUAAAAACCCCAUCGACUGUCUGUGGAAGACACUAAAGAUUGAAGGACCCUUGGGCUGGUACAAGGGUUCAACGGCACACUUCUUACGCAUAGCCCCUCACACGAUUAUCACACUGACAGCGAACGACGUGAUCAUACGUCUUUACAAAAAGCUUCUCUUCGGUGCGCCGCAGGACGAAUAAGCCCCUUUUUGGGUUUUGGGAUACUUUAGCACGCACGUCAUAUGCAGUAUGUUCGCAUAAUGGUAGCAUAGUGAUUCAUGGGCGACAUAGAUAGUUUUGCGUAGGCUAAUAUCGCGUUAUCACUACGAUUUCGUAGCCACUCUGCUCGCCUCUGCUGGAUGUGCCGUCUGAGCUGAGGAUUCCGUUGUAAAGGCUUGGGUGGAAGACUGCGAUUCUGCAGACAGUGUUAUGGCCGUGGCUGUUGCAGCAGCUUCCAACUUCGCUUUUUUUGCUUUUUGGCGGUGAGCCAUCACUGAUGACGCGUUUGGAUCAUCGUACACCUUGAUUGCGUGCAAGAUGAAUCCACCAGUGCCUGACGUGUUCAUCAUGGGGUGCGUCCGCCCCGGCAGGACCUGGUAGCGACGCAAGAAACCUUCCGUGAGACUUGGGCCCAGAUAGCCAGGCACAUCGCGUAGCCUCGCAUGGAGAUCUGAGAGUAUCUGGACUUGCGGACUAUGCACCACUAUCGACGCUGAGCCGCCCAAGCACGGAUAGAGCCUCUCUAAUAUUGACCAGGGGUCGUACUGGCUUGCAAUGACAAGUCCGUCGAACUCACCGGCGAACAACUCCUCCCGAUUCCGUAUAAGCAUGUCGGACGCCACCUUGCGCUUAUUUAGUCGACUCUUCUGCCCUUCCGACUUGAACUUCCCGGCUGAUGGCUCGCUGGAGGCGAUUAUUGGCGUGUAUUCUUCGUCCGCGGUCGCCCAGUUCAGCGAGGACAUGACAGAGAUCACCUCUUUUGAGAAAUUCAUCUGGACCAUGCAGGGAUAAGCGGGUGGCGACUCAAUGUCACAUACGGUGAUUAGACGACCUUGACCGCCGAGCCGCUCAAGGAUACCGGUGACGACGAUACCUGACGCGUCAUCGACACAGAGAUAUCGCCCACCCGGCCGUAUGCUAGCCAGGUUCAAUAUUUGCGACAGCGUGUCUGGGCGUAUGUCCCGCAGGCGAUUCGCGUCCUUGUUAAACCAAUACUCGCACACAUUGAACAGAGUAGGGAUAGCGGUCGUGAAGCCCUUAGAAUAUUUGGCCUCUUUACGCUUCUUAUACUUCUCCUUGCUGUACUCCGUCUUGAGUUGGUAGUUAGCAUGCCGUUCAAUCUGUCUUUUGAUGAUUUCCGCAGGCGGCAACCCUUGUUUCUUCAAUUGCUCAAUCUCCUCGAGGGUCAAUGGUUGAACGCACUCCCCGUCGUUAAUCAACUCGUUUGUUGCUUCGGUGUCCUCUACUUCCUGUAUAGGACGCGGCGGCACGACUUUGAGAGUCUUGUCCACGAUGUCAUAGGUCAGGCCGUAAGGCUGUCCGAUGAGGUCGUUCGCAUGGAAAGAGCCAAACUUUCCUAAGCUCACGAUAGAGUCCUUCUCGAGCUUGUGAGGUC